UUCUUCACCUCUGCUCUGUCUCAUCCUCGUCUCGCUGUUGAUCCGUCUCUAAAAUGAUCGCAGACGCACUUCAGAUGUUCAGGAUUCAUGUACCUGGAAGCUGUACCUCGACGAUGUUAUUUGGAAGUAAAUAGGUUACCUCCGUGGACAAAGACGACGCAGAAAGCGAGCUUACCUGACCUUCCUGAAGCUUUAGUUAUUCUUCUGAUAAGCAAAUCAUCAUGGAUCUGUCAUUUAUGGCCGCACAGAUCCCUGUGAUGACAGGAGCCUUCAUGGACUCAUCGCCUCACGAUGACUACAGCACGGAUCACUCUCUCUUCAACUCCUCUGCUAGCGUCCACGCCGCCGCUCUGGCAGCUCACAACCAACAGGAGGAGCAGCAGUCCAUGUCCCGAGAUGCCAUAUGGCUGUGGAUCGCCAUCACAGCCACCAUCGGGAACAUUAUAGUGGUGGGCGUUGUUUAUGCCUUUACGUUCUGACCUCUAGAAUGAAACCAACUGAACUUUGGAGAUAAAUUCGUCCCCAAAUACAGGGUGCCGGGGCCCUCAUCAGACGAACAGUGUGUGCAAUCAUUCAAGAAAAAAAAAUGUACACGGUGUUAGUUGUUUAUUUUCUAUUCAGAACAGUAUUUAGAAGCUCCAGAAAUUAUUUUGUAAUUUUCAUGUUGAAAACUUUUUAUCUAGAUUGUUUGAUGCUAAACAGUGUAAUGUGAGGAAAAUCUGCUGUUUUUAUUUUUCUGAGUGACUAAUACUGCCAGACUUUUGCCAAAUCAUUUGUAUGUGUUUUUUUUUUUGCUUUUAUUGUGUAAUAAGAAAUGCUUUAUUAAGCUUUAAAUGUCUAGAGGGCAAACGCUACUCUCUGGAAGUCAUCCAGCAUCCUUUUUAGAGCAGUGAUGAGGAAGUUGAAAUGAUUUCCCAAACCUAAUUUGGAAAAGUAACCAAAACAUAGUGUAAAAGUAGGAAGUGGAGACUGUAAGUGC